AGGUCCCCCAUGAAAUGCGGUUUUGAGAAUCGCCCUGUUAUCGGAACUAACGGCACAAAAGAGAAACAUGACUACACUACCAAAAGACUUUUGGUUGUACCUCCUGCUACUGGCGACACUUCAGAUCACGCUGGGAUUUAUCCGCGUCAAUAACCGAGAUCCUAUAGGAUGUAUGACGUCAAUCAGCUCCGGCACACUCAGUAUCAUCUCCUUACUGACUCAGAAGUGCAUUCGAUUGCAGCAGGCCAUCUUUUUCGUCAAUUUUUUCGCUCUACUUCAUGAAAUUUCGAAUCUCUGCGUUGCAGUUCCUCGCGAACCUAACAUAAAGUCCUUCCACAGGCUCAUCAAAAAUGUUAUCAACAUCUCCGCAGCUUCAGUAACCGCAGGGAGCCUGUACUUGUGGUCGCCUUGGCAUGUCGUUGAAAUGAAUGAGGACGACGAAUCACAGCCUGGAUCUGGGGGAGGUUCAAACGUGAACCAGUCAAUGCAUCUCGGAAGUAAGCAUAAACAGCGGAGCAAGAAAACGCAGCAUAGACAAAAACACAGCGUUCUGGACGUUGAGAAUUCCUGGGCACCUUCCACUUCUCUGCUGUUCUCGACUGAGCCCUCACAACACAUCCACGGUGCCUUUGUGCGUUUAUGACCACGCUGUGCUAAAUAUGACGAACACGAACGCACAUAAUGCGUUAAACCAAACCAUCAAUAAUGGCUUUGGUGCGGCUGCCACUGCAGCUUAAGUUUCCAACACACGUCGCUGACUUAACACCUUUUCCUCACGCACCCCUCAGAAGACACUGGUACCAAUCAGACCAGUAUUUGCAGGGACAUAUUCCUCUCCUGCGCUUUACUUGACUUCGCAUUCGUGAGGUUGGAAAUGUCGUUUGCUUGGGGAAUAUCCGACAACUGACCUAGACCGCAGAGCAUGCAGCCGCUUUAGUUUCUUCGUGGGAACGCAGUACGAGAGGCUUCCUCAACGGAACCGCUGCAAGAAUAACUAGGCUAUUUGUAAGGCGUUGACUACGAGGAACGUUAGCCGAUUGAUCUUGCCGAGAUUACUGACGACAAACGUAACUAUUAUUCAGCUGAACGGGAGCAGCAGCUUUACGAUGGAUCACUUGCCUGUCCUAGUAAACAAAGCGGUGCUGCUGGUGAAGCCGUCUGCUCGCUGGGCAAUUUCGAGCGGUAACGCCAAAUCGUGGGAAAUUUUAAUGGCGAAGCCGCGUUUGCGAUCCCAAAUGAUAUGUGUGAUAUGUACGAGGCAACGGAUUUCGCCAAAACGAUAUCCCUAAAAUAAAACGGCACUGCCAACUUUUAUGGCAAUCCGAGCUCAUAACAGUAUGUGAGUAUGCGAAGACACAAUACAGUCGUGCGCCGUUGACGUGAAACGGUACUUACCCGAUUCCUGGAAGAAUCGCCUGGAGUCUCGACAACUUUUGUCGGACAGUGUCACGCAUCCAAGAGGGG